GUUCUAGCUUCAUCAAUUGGUCCCUAAAAGUUUGAAAGCUGUCUUGGAUAUAAGAACAUUUUGAAAGGACAACAAACUAGGCUCUACGACACACAAAACAGCGGAUAUUAUACGUCGCGUCAACGGGCUGCUGGACAUUCCAUACCUACAGCGACAGACACAUCCCGUCUGCGCAGCAUCCAGCAUCCAGCAUCCAACGCCCCUUUACCGCACGCAGCCCAGCCCAAUACCAUCCAUCCUGUCAAGAAGCCGACUUUGUUGAAUCGCGACAGCGAACCCAUCCGUCACCAUGGGGCUCUUAUCCGCCAAAACGAUUCUAACCUCCAUCUGUCUCUUCCACAUCACCCUCGCCUUCUUCUUCGUCACCAAUCCCGCCACCAUUGCCGACCAGGGCGUGGUCUGGCUAAUGGGAGAGGCCAUGGGCCUGCCUCACUCCCGCCACUUCGACACGCAAUCCCCGACCGCCGCCUUCCUCGGCAUCGUCCUUGGCCUCUGGGGUCUCACCGACCUCGUCUCGCUCUCCAUGCCCGAGGAGAUCGCCUUGAUCCACCACUGGGGCUCGCAAGUGCCCCUGCGCCUGACGUGUUCCUUCUUUUUGACGCUCUACAGCUUCUUCUUCUCGGCUUCGUCUCCGCUGUAUGACUCGGCCACCCCUUCGGGGGGAAAGUUCAGCCACCCGACGACGUCGUCUUCGUUUGACGGCCAGUAUGCGGCCAAGGAGGUCGCGGGCGAUUGGGGCUGGGGAGGCGAUGCGCUCAAGAACCGCGUGUUUUUUACCUUUAUGUUUGUCGAGACGUUUAGCUGGUUUUGGGUGUACUUGACGUUGAAGGAGGAGCAGGUGGAUAUUCUGAAGAGGGCGGCGCAGAGGAGGGAGAAGGAGAGGGAUAGGUUUUAAAAAAACAGUUUGAGGAAAAGAAGGGGUGGGAGAUGGAUCUUUACAUCCAUUGUACGGGGAUUAGAUUUAUCAAUAGAGGGGGAGGCUUCUAGGAUAUCAAAAUGGACGGCUGGCUUUCUGGGCAAAGCUUCUGCAUAUUGGUGACAGGCACGAAAGCAGAGAGUGACGGGAUCGGCGAACAGCCCGUCUCGGGUUAUCAGUCUCUCAUUGAAGAAACGAGGCAGGAAAGUUCAAGAUGCGGAGUUCACAGGAGCUGCCGCCUGCCCUUGACAAGCAACAGGUCCGGGCCAUCCAAACUUUCACAAAGGCCUCAUGGCUCUUCAACUGGUUUCGACCAGACUCUUCAACAUAAUGACACCGGAUCUGGGUCUGGAAUUGGAAUUCUGUCAAAGUUAUCACGGUAAUGUGGUACCUUUCCUUGAACCUGGAUACUAUAAAAUCACGGGGGACUUUGUCCGGCCGAGCCUUAGAAAGUCAACUUAACUGGAACUCUGUGAC